ACUUUGCAUUUGUCCAGAGAUCGGAAAUAGGUGAAAAAAAGGCCCCUCCGAUCAUGGCAGAGCACCACCACCACAACCACCACCAUCACCGCCCGAGCCGGCUCUCGCUUCCACCACGCACCACUGUUCCUCACACUACGCCAACCACCUCAAGACCCAUACCGUAUCAAGGAUUCCCCUUCCCGCCGGCGACUCCCACCCCAACCCCCUCCAAACACCGCCUGUCCUCUCUCUCCACCAAGACUUCGAGCUCUAAAACUUCCUCUCUCGCCUUCCUCUUCCUCCUUUUCUCCCUUCGCUCCCUCUACUCUCUCCUCCCAUUCCUUCGUUCCUCCCCUUCCUCUUUCUCCAUCUUCCCCUUCUCUUUCUUAGUCUCUCUCCUCUCUUUCCUCCUCACACUCUCUUUCCCUCUCUUCAUUUCCCUAUCUUCUUCUUCCUUUAGAGAUCCUUUUCAUCAAAAACAACGCCAGCCCAUUUUCUCUUUCACCUCCAUUACUCAAUCCCAGUAUAGACUUCUGGUUGCUAAAUCACUCCUCCUAGCCGUAAUAUUCCUCCUCCGUUUCCAAGCUCUCCGUUACUGCGGUACAGCUGCGUUGAUUCUUGCUGAAUUGUCCGGAAAUGUAGCUGCGCGUUUCAUUGCUGAGGGUAAAAAUCGCAACUUUAUUGGUAAAACUCAAAUUGGCAUGUCUAAGGUUCGUGGCUUUAUUGCCUUGUUUUCUGGGCUGUUUUUGUUAUCUAUUAGUUGGGAUCGUCUUGAAUGCUUCCCUUUCUCUUCUAUCAACGUUCACAAAUUUGGAUUGUCAUUUUUUCCUGGUCAGAAUUGUAUUAGAAUUUGGCCGAUGUUGCUUCCGUUCUUGUCUGGGUUUUUAGGGUGUUAUGAGCGGGUUUCGAUGAACUGGGGUACUGUUAGGCAACUGGGGCCAAAACGGGUUCGGUUGCUUUCACUGUUUUUCACUACUGUUGUGCUUUUCGUUCCUGCUGUGAUCAGUAUGUUUAUAUUCGAAGUUGAAGGAGAUAGCAUUUCCAUUGCAAAUCUUGGUUGGCCUCUGGCGAAUACAGUUGUUUUUGGAGUGCUUUUGAGUGAGAAUUACACUGAUGAGAAAGUUGCUGCUUCCAAAGAUUUUCAGAGGGAGUAUCUUGUCACUUUUGUUUGUACAGUUAUUUUGGAGUUGUUCUAUUUUCCAGAGCUUUCCCUUUGGGGUUUAUUGAUUUGUGGAUUGUUGCUGCGGGUUUCUGUGAGCGAAUUGGAUCCUGUUCAUCCUAAUUAUAUUGAAUUAGGUGUUGAAUCAUCGGACUCAUUCACCAUGUCUAUUAUGAAGCCCAUUCGCCACAUUUUGAGUGAGAGAAAGUCACGCAAGAUUGCUCUUUUCCUGUUGAUAAAUGCUGCUUACAUGGUUAUAGAAUUUGUGGCGGGUUUCAUGAGUAACAGUCUUGGGUUGAUAUCAGAUGCAUGUCACAUGUUGUUUGACUGUGCUGCCCUUGUGAUUGGCUUGUAUGCAUCGUACAUUUCACGCCUCCCAGCAAAUGGUCAGUUCAACCAUGGUCGUGGAAGAUUCGAGGUUCUUUCAGGAUAUGUGAAUGCUGUGUUUCUGGUUCUUGUAGGAGCUCUAAUUGUGCUGGAGUCAUUUGAGAGGAUCUUGGAUCCUCAAGAGAUCUCUACAAACAGCUUGUUGGCAGUGUCUGUUGGAGGGCUGCUUGUCAAUGUAGUGGGAUUGAUCUUUUUUCAUGAGGAGCAUCAUCAUGCGCAUGGUGGUUCUGGAACAUGUACCCACUCACAUUCCCAUUCGCACUCAAAUUCCCGCUCUGAUUCUCAUUCCCAUCACAGCCACCACCACCAUUCACAUGACCAUAAAUGCCAAAUUCAGCACAAAACUCACGAGUGUGUUCCUGUUGUCCACAACAGCCAUGUGAAACCUUGCUCUGGUGAUGCGGAACACCAUGUUGGUCAUCACAAGCACCAUGAUUGUGAUAAUCACCAGAAAAGUGACAAGAAAGAAGGUGAAGAAUGUGGAACAAUGCAGUGCGACAGUCAUGAUGAUCACCAUCGUUAUGAUCAUGGUGCUGGCACGCUAAUCUGUGAUGGUUCAUUGAGUGUGAAUGGUCAAUCUCAUGGAAGUCAUGCUGGUCAGAGUGUGCAUGUCUUAGGGGACUUGCAUAGUCAUGAUCAUUCACACUUGGAGGAACUUAACAGGAAGCAGCAACACCACCAUCAUAUUGACCAUAACAUGGAAGGCAUCUUCUUGCAUGUUUUAGCAGACACCAUGGGAAGUGUCGGUGUGGUUGUUGCCACACUCUUAAUUAAGUAUAAAGGAUGGCUCGUUGCAGACCCUGCCUGCUCUAUCUUUAUAUCUGUACUGAUUAUAUCUUCUGUGAUUCCAUUGCUUAGAAAUUCUGCUGAAAUCUUGCUGCAAAGAGUUCCAAGAGCUCUUGAGCAGGAUCUCAGACAAGCAGUAAAUGAUGUUAUGAAGGUGGAUGGUGUGCGUGGAAUUCAGAAUCUGCACUUUUGGAGUCUGACGAACACUGAUGUUGUUGGGACCCUCCAUCUUCACAUAUCAACGGAGGCAAGUAAAGCUUCUGCAAAGGCUCAAGUGUCUCGCAUAUUAGAGGAUGCUGGGAUCAAGGAUUUAACAUUGCAGGUGGAAUGUGUUAAUGAGUAGUAUUCAACGAAAAAUGGUUUUACCAAUGAACAUCUUGCUGACGUCUUCAGAGAUGGCUUUUUGAGUUUGCGGCAACAAGCAGGCAUGAGAUUGGAAAUAUUGCCAUUACUGAUUCACCAGGGGGGCUUGGAGUUUAAUCUGGCAGAAACACAGGUGGCUAGUACGAAGCAAGGAUCCUUUCAAAGCUGGAAGGCUGCAAAAGGAGGAUUAUCCAAUUUUGAGGCACCCAAGCUGAUAGCUUUAGUUAGUUUUUGUCAGUUUCUAGGACGAAUUUUGUUUUAUCCAAGAACAAGCAACAUCAGUGAGUGUGCUGACAGCAGAAAUGCCAGUUAUCGGAAAGUUCAGCUGCUUUGAUUGUAGGGAUGAAUAUCCCAACUAACAAGAGAUACAAAGCAAACUGAGAUGUCCAUAUGCUAGUAUGAUUAUUCAUUCGUGUUAGAUGAAUCAUUUCUCUGUUAACAUUUCAAAA